UCUUUUUCCUACCUGAGCCUCAGGGUUACUUUCGAAGUUCAUAAUAGUAGUAGCUAUAGCAGAGCUUCUUGCAUGUUCUCUUUCUCUUUCUACUGCUCUGGUUCAUUCAUUGACUAACUAAGAUCAUCUUUCAACUAUAUAUCGAAGUCUGGGCAUUGGAGAGGAUGGGAUGCGCGCGCGCUCUCACUGUUGUUACUUGAAAAACUAACUAGAUCAUUUUGUUUUUGUUCUUUAAAGUUGUUGGUGUUUUUUAAUGAGGGUUUACACUGUUUGCUGAUAACUUUCUUGGGUUUUUCAUAUAUAUUAUCACCUGGAUCACAGGUCAUCCCUACUACAGUAUUUUUCAAUGCCAAGGACUCUCUCUCUCUCUCUCUCUCUUGGGAUUCUUAAUAACUUGGACCUUUUUUUAUCUUGAAGUGCUUAGAAGUUAGAAUCUCUCUCAAAGAUCUUCUCUAUAAAAAGGUUUUAGUCACCUGAGGAUCAGCGAAGCUAAUAUUCUUGCUAUUACAAUUCUAGUUUGAUAAGUUUCUUGACAAUCUUUUCUUGUACUAGCAAACAAUUUCAUGGAGGAAUUCUAUAGGUUUAAUCCUACAUUUUUUAGUUCACCAGAUGAUACUGUCAGGCUUGAAAACCUGCCUUUUGCAAACUUUACUGAUGCUACUACUAGUACUACCACUGAAUUUCACAGUCAUGCUACUAGUUUUCUUCAAGCUGGUCAUGGUCAUAGAGAAGUCACUGGAUCAGAUAUGUAUGAUGCAAUCAAGACCCAGAUCGCUAAUCACCCUCGUUAUCCAGACCUAGUAUCUGCACAUUUAGAGUGCCAAAAGGUUGGUGCUCCUCCAGAAAUGGUGUCUCUUCUUGAAGCCAUAGGCAGAGGGAACUACAAAAUCAAUACUUGCUAUGAGAUAGGAGCUGAUCCAGAACUUGAUGAGUUCAUGGAAUCAUACUGUGAGGUUCUUCGUAGAUACAAGGAGGAAUUGUCCAAGCCAUUUGAUGAGGCUGCUACGUUCUUGAGUAGCAUAGAAUCACAGCUUAGUAGUCUUUGCAAAGGGACAUUGACAAAGAUAUUUGAUUAUGGCUCAGCAGAUGAGCCAGCAGGGACUUCCGAGGAGGAGCUAAGCUGUGGGGAGGUUGAAGCAUCUGAAAGUCAAGAAACAACAGGUGUUAGCUCACAAGAGCAGAAUCUAAAAGGAAUGCUCAUGCGCAAGUACAGUGGCCAUCUUAGCAACUUGAGAAAGGAAUUCCUAAAGAAUAGAAAGAAAGGAAAAUUACCAAGGGAUGCAAGGACAACACUUUUGGACUGGUGGAACCACCACUGUAGAUGGCCAUAUCCUACGGAAGAGGAGAAAGCGAAGUUAUCAGAGAUUACAGGACUAGAUCAAAAGCAGAUUAACAAUUGGUUUAUAAACCAGCGGAAGCGGCACUGGAAACCAUCUGAAGAUAUGAGGUUUCCUCGCAUGGAUGGUGUCAGUGGCAUGGAUGGUGUCAGCGGCAUGGAUGGUGUCAGCGGCAUGGAUGGUGUCAGCAGCGACCCAGGGGACCCCCCCAAUAUGCUAUGGUAUUGUUGGUGAUGAUAUUGGGACGUAAAAAACUCCAUUUUGGUAUCCCUUCUUCCUCGUCCUCGUCCUCCUCCUCGCCCUCCUCCUCUUCUAUAACUAUACUUGUAAAGCUAUCUACGAAAAGUUGUGUAUAUGUUUGAAAGCCAUUGAUUCCAAUUCUUACAAAGCAGUUCUGGUUCCUUAGUUGUGACCAACAUGAACUAGCUUUCUCUUGUAUAUGCAUGUUUGUGCUUUAAUCCUAUCAUGCUGAAAACCAGGAAUUCCCUUGGUAACGUUAAAGGAAAUCUCAGAUCAGCUUUGUGCAUAAACUGGAGUUAUAUCAGUUAGCAGAUGUAAACUGUUAAUCUUGCCUU